AUGACGACCACCGCACAAAACGCCGCCGUUUCACACCCCGAGCUCUCUCCAUCAAUCUCCGCCCCGCCGGAUUCAGUCUCCGCGUUUUCUUCCCUAAAGCGGAAGCGGCCACCGAAGAUCGAGAUCCCGAACGUCCUGCAAGAAAUUAAAACCGAGAAGAAGCACGCGCAGCGAAACGGCGUCGUUUGCUUCGGCGGGAACGGAGUGGCGGUCUUCUCCGCGAAAGGCAAGAAGAAGUUCAUGGAAGACGCGCAUAAGAUUGUUUCUUGCUUAGAGGGCAACUCGAAGAGAGGUUUCUUUGGGGUUUAUGAUGGGCAUGGUGGAAGUAAAGCUGCAGCGUUUGCUGCUGAGAAUUUGCAUAGCAAUAUAAUUGAAAUGAUGGAAGGUUGUACAGAAAAAGAAGAGGCGUUUAGAGCUGCGUAUCUGAAAACAGACCAGGAUUUUUUGAAGCAGGGUGUUGGGAGUGGUACAUGCUGUGUGACUGCGUUAGUCGAUGAGCAGGAGGUUGUUAUUUCGAACUUGGGAGAUUGUAGGGCUGUUCUCUCUAGAGGUGGAGUGGCGGAAGCUCUUACAACGGAUCAUACUGCGGCACAGGAGAGCGAACGCCAAAGAAUACAGGAUAAGGGAGGAUAUGUGGAGUUCCAUAGAGGAGCAUGGAGGGUCCAUGGGAUUCUCUCUGUUUCGAGAAGCAUUGGAGAUGCUCAUUUGAAGGACUGGGUGCUGGGGGUGCCUGAAACAAAGAUCUUACAGCUGACUCCUGAUAUGGAAUUUGUUGUAUUAGCUUCAGAUGGUCUGUGGGAAAAGGUUGGGAACCAAGAAGCAAUUGACUCGGCGACACGAAUAUAUUCAGUUCAGAAGAAAAUGGCACCCCCAGGAAAUGGACUGAAAGUUAACGAAGAGGACCAUCGGUGUGAUUAUGGCUAUGUCAACGUGAGCCCUUCAUCGAAGUUGCGAAGGAUUUCCUUGGUUAAGCAUCCAAAAGGGACCCAAUCUCCAGGCUACAAGAAGACACUCUUCAGCUCUAAAGAUGCUGAUAAUGACUUCCCAAGUGAAAAUGAAAGCCCUCCAUCAAAGCCAAGAAGGUUAUCAAUGGUAAAGCGAGUAAAUAUAAAGACUGAAUCUCCCAUAAAAGAGAAGACCCUCCAUCAAAAGAACAGUGGAUGUACAAUGAGCCCUGCCUCUGGUGGAUUGGUGACUGCUUGCAAGGAGCUUGUGAGCCUUGCUCUGAGUAGAGGUAGUUUGGACGACAUUACCGUAAUGAUAAUUGAUCUCAAUCAUUUCAGAUGCAUUCCUGCUUGCUUUUCGGCCGGUGCUGCUCAUCAGAGGCCGGCUGAUCAUGAUCCGGCGGGUGUGAUCAGGUCAGGACAGAGCUUGGUUAUGUCAGUUUAUAGUACAAAGAUUGCUGGCCGGUGCCGGUUGAUCACAGUUACUUGGUGCAAGAACCUACUGCUACAUGGCCUCUCUGUUUCUGUUCAAGGCCAAGAAGGAGAGGAUGCCUAUAGAUGCAAGGUUGAGCUGAAGCCCUGGUACUUUUGGAGGAAGACUGGCGCCAAACAGUUCAUGGUGGAUGGUAUCACAGUUGAUGUAGUCUGGGACCUCAAAGCUGCCAAGUUCAAUGGUGAAACCGAGCCACAGUCGGACUAUUAUGUUGCCUUUGUGUGUGAAGAAGAGGUGGUUCUGCUUGUUGGUGAUCAGAAGAAAGAUGCCUAUAGAAGAACAGGUUGCAGACCAUCACUGAUUGAGCCUAUCUUGGUUUCAAGGAAGGAGCAUUUGUUUGGUAAGAGGAAGUACUCAACAGGGAUCCAGUUUCAUGAACAAGGAAAGGGAAAGUUUCAUGAGAUUUUAAUCGAGUGCAACAACAACAGCAACAAUUCUGUAACCGGGUCCGGGGCUGAUCCAGAGUUGGAGAUAAAGAUUGAUGGGAACCAAGCCAUUCAUGUCAAGCACCUUCAAUGGAAGUUCAGAGGCAAUGAGUCUGUUGAUGUGAACAAAACCAAAGUUGAAGUCUAUUAUGAUGUUCAUGAUUGGCUCUUUGGCUCUGGUCCAAGGUAUGGGAUGUUCAUAUUCAAGCCAAUACCAUCAGAAUCUGCAGAGUCUUCUUUAUCAACAACAGCCCAAGUUUUGACUCAUCAUCAAAAAUCAAGGGGUGGAUUAGAAGAUGAGGAUGAUGAUAGUGCAGGUGGGUCAUCUGGAUUUUCCUUACUGGUUUAUGCUUGGAAAGUGGAAUGAUGGUGUUCAUCAUCAAGAAGAUUAAUCAAGGAGUUAAGGAAAGGUGAUCAUGAUUAAGGCACCACCUUCAUGCACAGCUAGAACAGAGAGCUUCCCAUGGAAGAACAGAUGGGGCCAAAAGAAACUUGGGAGUUUGCUAACAGCUGGAAUUAAAUAAUGUGGACAUGAUUCGACAUUCCAGAAUGGAUCCACAUUUACAUGUCCAAUAAUCUUUCCAAUCCCAAUCCACAUUGUUCCUGUCAAGUGUGUGUGCAUUAUCUUCUGUAAUUCUUGGUUCUUGUUCUACUUUUAAUUUAGUACUAUUUCUGCAUAGGUGAAUGAAGCACAAGCAAGCAUAGCCCUGCAUUUUGUUUUGUGUAUGUGUGGGAUAUGCAAUUGUUUCAUUUUGAGAAAGUUUUUUAUUAUGUUGUAGCUCUAGUAGUUAAAAGUAUUUAGUUUCGCCUUUAAUCUCUUGACUUGAAAUUGAAAUGAAGUUUUUCUUCACC